AUGCCGAAGUAUGCAAAGUUUAUGAAGGAGUUGCUUACCAACAAGAUGAAAUUGGAAGAGGUUGAUACAAUGGCUCUAUAUAGAAAUGGUUUCGCCAUUGUUGACAAAAAGCUGCCAAUGAAACUGAAAGAUCAGAGAAGUUUUGUAAUUCCAUGUUUGUUAGGUGAUGGCGUGGAAGAAAACACACUAGCCGAUUUUGGAGCUAGUAUCAAUGUGAUGUCAUACACUAUCUACAUGAAGCUUGGGUUGGGAGAGUUGAUACCCAAAAAGUUGACCUUGCAGUUGGCCGAUAAAUCAGUAAGAAGGCCAUGGGGAAUUGUGGAAGAUGUACUUGAAACCGUUGAAAAGCUCAUCUUCCUCGUGGAUUUUGUGAUCCUUGACAUAGAUGAAGAUGUAGAAACUCCACUAAUUCUUAGACGAUCCUUCCUUAAUACCUCUAGGGCUAUCAUCAAUUGGAGAGAUGGAAAGAUGACAUUAAAAGUGGAAGAUGAGGAAAUGGUGUACAAGCUCUCAAUCGCUAUGAUAUACUCCAUGGAUUAA